AUGCCUAAUACUUUGGUGGCGGGUGGAGGAGGAGUUAUCAGAGAUGAACGUGGCCGCAUUUUGGGAGGUUUCGUAGAGCCGCUCAGAGCAGAAUCAGCCAGGGAAACGGAGCUAUUGGCUCUAAACCAGGGAAUUGAAAUUGCAAAAGGCCUCGGAAACGCAGUUUGGAUCGAGACUGAAUCGCUUGAGAUGGUGAACAUGAUCAAGAAAGAUAGCCGAGGAGCAGCACAAAAUCGACACCUUUUGACAGAUAUCAGGAACAAACUAAGGGGCCUCAACUUCACCAUUACACACAUUUGUAGAGAGGGCAAUAAGGUCGCUGACUAUCUGGCAACACAAAGGAGAAAUAGGGAUAACCGGAUCACGUUUAAUCAAGAUUCCGCCCCGCCUUUGGUCAAAGCCUUGGCCAGCAUGGAUCGAAUGGGAAUCCCGAAUAUAAGAGAGUAG